GCGAAUGGGGAUGGCGGCGACGGCGGCGACGGCGGGCAGGCUACUGCGGCUCCGCGCGGCCAGGGCCGAGGGACCCUGGCGUCGGCUGCGCGCCGCGGGGCUGCCGCGGGGCUUCCUGCAGCCCGCCUCGGCCGGCGGGGAUGCGGCGCAGAGGCGGCAGGUGGCUCAUUUCACUUUCCACCCUGACCCGGAGCCGCUGGAGUACGGGCAAACUCAGAAAAUGAAUCUCUUCCAGGCAGUAACAAGUGCCUUAGAUAACUCAUUGGCCAAAGAUCCUACUGCAGUAAUAUUUGGUGAAGAUGUUGCCUUUGGUGGAGUCUUUAGAUGUACUGUUGGCUUGCGAGACAAGUAUGGUAAAGAUAGAGUUUUUAAUACCCCAUUGUGUGAACAAGGAAUUGUUGGAUUUGGAAUUGGAAUUGCAGUCUCUGGUGCUACCGCCAUUGCAGAAAUUCAGUUUGCAGAUUAUAUUUUCCCUGCUUUUGAUCAGAUUGUUAAUGAAGCCGCCAAGUAUCGCUAUCGCUCUGGGGAUCUUUUUAAUUGUGGAAGCCUCACCAUCCGGUCCCCUUGGGGCUGUGUCGGCCAUGGGGCUCUCUAUCAUUCCCAGAGUCCUGAAGCUUUUUUUGCCCACUGCCCAGGAAUCAAGGUGGUUAUACCCAGAAGCCCUUUCCAGGCCAAGGGACUUCUUUUGUCAUGCAUAGAGGAUAAAAAUCCUUGUAUAUUUUUUGAACCUAAAAUACUUUACAGGGCAGCAGUGGAACAGGUUCCCAUAGAACCAUACAACAUCCCCCUGUCCCAGGCCGAAGUCAUCCAAGAAGGGAGUGAUGUCACUCUAGUUGCCUGGGGCACACAGGUUCAUGUGAUCCGAGAGGUGGCUUCCAUGGCUCACGAGAAGCUUGGAGUGUCUUGUGAGGUCAUUGAUCUGAGGACUAUAAUACCUUGGGAUGUGGAUACAGUUUGCAAGGGACUUCCCUGGUGGCCCAGUGGUUAAAAAUCCGCCUGCCAAUGCAGGGGAUGCGGGUUCAAGCCCUGGUCUGGGAAGAUCCCACAUGCCGCAGAGCAACUAAGCCUGUGCACCACAGCUGUUGAGCCUGCGCUCUAGAGCCUGUGAGCCACAACUACUGAGCCCGCAUGCCACAACUACUGAAACCCGCUCACCUAGAACCUGUUCUCUGCAACAAGAGAAGCCACUGCCAUGAGAGGCCUGCGCACCGCAAGGAAGAGUGGCCCCAGCUCGCUGCAACUAGAGAAAGCCUGCACGCAGCAACGAAGACCCAAAGCAGCCAAAAAUAAAAUAAAUAAAUUAAAAAUAAAAAUGACGAAUUUGGACUAGACGCCAGCUCCCUUUUCUUGUUUUCUGGUCGCCUUGUUAUCUUGUGGUUUGAAGAAGUAGUGCCGAAACUGUUCAGUAUCGAAGGUAGUACAGUCAUGUUUAUUAAUAUUACCGAUCUCACCACUUAAUUUGAUUCAGAGAAAUGGGCUUUGAUAUUUUUUUCAGAUUGGAUACUGGCUCUUAAUCAAUGCAACUUAUUGAGAAUUUGCAGAUUUAUGUCUUGAAUGUCUUUUCCCAGCCCCACUGCCUUGCUCAGUGAGCAGGGAUAACUCACUGUUGCAGGCCAGCUUCAGUAUUAUGGUUUCAGUGUCAGUCAUUCAGAGCCAGCUGUGUUCUGAUUUCAGAAUUAUGAUUAUCUGUCUUGGUGUAAGGCGAUCCACUCCAGCAUC